AGGAAAUUAAAAGUUCAUCCUUCUCUCUCUCUCUGUGCUAAGAACGUCUUCUUCUCUUCUACAUACACUCUAGAAAGGUAACUCAACAUCGAGAGAAAGUCAGAAAGCACCAUAUAGACCAGACGAAACCUCCCUCCUUCUCUCGUUGUUAGUUACUGAUCCGAGGAAGAUGCAGCAUGGUGGGAACAAGAGUGGCAAGUCCUCCACCAAUGUAUGGGCUAACAACGCUAGUCUGGUAAAAACAAUGGCAGCUUUAGAUGAGUUCAAAUCUGGAUUCCCGUCUAAGGGUUUAGCAACCGUGUCUAACAAAUGGUGGGGGACAGGCGGACAACGCCAAGAUGCUGGACUAGAGAUUACUGAAGAAGAUGGAGGAGAUGCCAAGGACGAAGUAGCAGCUUCUGAGAAGCAGAGUUCUUUGCUAGAUGUGAGGAAAAGAAUAGCUGAAGAAGGAAGAGAAGCUCUUGAGCUUGGUGUCAGUCAAGGGUUUGGUUCCAAAAGACCAAACAAGAGAGAUCAGCAUCUUCUGUCUCAGAUCUUUGGGUCUUCACUACCGAAGGAUUGGGUUACUGAGUCUUCUUGAGUUUGUUUUAUAUUUGCUUAGAACAGAGUUCCUUCUUGAAUUAGUUAUCUGUGUUAUUUGUGAUCUCUAAGUUCUUUAACUCCUCUGCAACUAUG